AUGUCCGCCACCGAACAGACCUUCAUUGCUAUCAAGCCCGAUGGCGUCCAGCGUGGCCUCGUUGGUCCCAUCAUCCAGCGAUUCGAGCAGCGCGGCUACAAGCUUGUUGCCAUCAAGCUCGUCACUCCCGGCAAGGAGCACCUCGAGGCUCACUACGCUGACCUGAAGGACAAGCCCUUCUUCCCCGGUCUGCUCUCCUACAUGCUGUCUGGCCCCAUCGCCGCCAUGGUCUGGGAGGGCCGUGACGCCGUCAAGACCGGCCGUGUCCUGCUCGGUGCCACCAACCCCCUGGCCUCCGCCCCCGGCACCAUCCGUGGUGACUUCUCCAUCGACGUCGGCCGCAACGUCUGCCACGGCUCCGACUCCGUCGAGAACGCCAAGAAGGAGAUUGCCCUCUGGUUCAAGGAGGGUGAGCUCGUCAGCUACAAGUCUGCCCAGCACGACUGGAUCUACGAGAAGCCUUAA